AUGAGGAAGGAGAAUACGUAUUUACCUUCUGCCAAGAAGAUCUUCCAGCGAUAUGAAAGAGUCUCGUUUCAAGAGAAUAUUUUGUUGGUGGGGACCGUAGGGGCGGGAAAAUCAGCUACUAUCAAUACCAUCAGCGCCGCCCUGUCGGGGGAAAAGAAAUAUCGCGCCCCUAUCGGCGCCCAGCUCUCCUCCACAGACGCUAAAAGAAGGAGGACUACGACACAUCUUAUGUGGUAUAAAGGAUGUGGUAUAGAUGAAACACGAAGGAAAGACAUGCAUGCACCAAAAUAUAUACCAAACCUAGUAGACAUGACUGGAUUGGAGAAUAUUGACUCACGUGAACAGGAAGAACUGCUGGAAAUGAUACUAAUGGGAAAGAUUCCGAACGAAACGUCGAUUCCCGCAUUACAAGACAUGGAGAGAAGAAAUUCUGGAUCGAUACGCAGACGUUUUCCAUUUAUCUACAAUCCUCGGCGCAUCCAUAAGAUCUUGUUUGUCGCUAGCGCUAACGAACCUAUUCCUACCAAACUGAUCCAGAGUGUCCGAAAUGUCGCCCAACCUGACGGAAGUCCAUCUAACUACAACCCUAGAUAUAUCCCGUUGUUCGGCUUACUGACUAAGGAAGAUCUUGUAGAUUGGGAAGACGCUGAAAUUCAAAAUCGAGAGCGGGAAUUUCUCCAGAGCCUCGGUAUCGAUCAGACAGCCUCGUAUUCACGUUGGCAAAACAACUCAACGGGGGACUUUUCGUGCAAGGUGCUCUACUUUCUGGACAGAUUAUUAUCCCCCGAGGUCCGAAUGGUUCUCGAUCAAGUUAUCUUCUUCAAAACUUGGAUGGGGUCCCUCUGGGAAAAUCCAUUAUAUAUUUUCCCAAUAAUGAUUGUGCCAUUCGUUGCUUUUUUCAUGGCGUAUUCUCUUUUCGACGUCAUUAUGCCGGAAUUCGAACUUUUAGAUUUUUUAAAAAUGAAAUCAAAGCAAUAACCUCAAUUUUAAAAAAAAAAUCUUUUUGGAUACUCAGUAUUAAUUCAUGUAACUU